UCUAUCAGGGCGCCGACGAUCGCACCACGGGUUGUCAUCGAUGACAUCAGCUUUCAGUGGAUCGGUGGCAACCUGGACCAGCUGCGCUGUUUCUGGGCCGCGGUCACGCGUUUCAGUGAAGUGGCGAAGGAGCUGAGCAUCAUCAUUCAGUUGGAGAAGUCAUGCUACAUCCCCUCGUCAUCGAAGGUGGCUGUGGACUGUAAGAAGCAUGGUGGUGCCAGAGGCUUGGUCUGUCGCAGAUGGAUCCGCAACCUCGGGCAAGACAUGUGGGGCACAAAGAAGUCAAGGAAGCUAACGAGUCAACGUAUUGCUGGCAUUACAGCGCGGCGGCGGCGGCUCAGCAUGCUCCAGAAGGCAGCGGGCAAGAAGGUCUCGGUCAGCACCAUCUCAAUCAAGCGAGGGCCGAAGCAGGACGUCUUGUCGGAUCGAGGCCUGGCUUCUUCCAGUCUCGCCCUCUACCUGGUCACGCAGCGUUCCAAAGACUCCGACCCCAUCUACAUGGCCACAUGCGACCUGGUUUGUCGGUACGCGGCGACAGUAUGGGAAAAGCGAGCCCCCCUCAGUCAGCUCCAUCACGCGUGGGCAGCCAUCACAACUAAGAUGGUCGGCUGGGGCAAGACGUGCGAGGACACCAACGGAGAAUCUGCACAGUUUGUGGGUCCGAGCUAUGAGGCAGCGCAUUGGUGCACGAGGUGCUGCGGUCAGCGCAGGGCCGCGCGCUUCAAGUCUAUGGGCUCGCUGGGCAGGUUCUUCGGUUGCGAGCCCGUCUUGGACCCUGAGGACGACGCCGAGGAGGCGGGCAACGUUCCCCUUGGGAAGCUCACCGGCUUCUAUGCCUACAUGAGGGACGGGUUCGAGCUGGGGGUGUGCCUGCCAUGUAUGCCGCCGACGCUUCCAAAGGUGCAAGGUGGGCUCCCAGUGCACUUGUGGGGAGACUGGACCACGCCAAAGGAGCUCCUUGAGAAUGCUGUCUUCACAGGCGGCUCAGGCCUAGCUCCCUCCAUUCGCGAGAUCAGGAGGUGUCGCUGGGCCGCGGUGCAGUUUGCGAGGCAGGAAAUUCCGAUCAGAGCUGUUUUUGGCCCGUUACCUGGGCCGCUGCAGACGGUUGGGAGAUCCGAGAGACAUGCGGUGCUGAUGGCCGCCAAGUCUUGUGGGUCCAACCUGCAAUGCGUUUUCGCAGACUUGCUUGCGCUAGAGGCGGAGGCGAAUUCCUGGGGCCCUGAGUUGGAGUCAGCUGCGGCGGUCCAUGCUGCGAUUUGGCGCAGUCUCAGGGCUCAGCCAGUCAGACCCACAGUCAUCUGGAUUCCUGCGCACAAGGACGUGGACGACUACUUCGACAAAGGUCUCAGCCCGCUGCUCUUCCUGGGCAAUAUGCGGGCUGACUGGUUCGCUCGACGAGGCGCUGAGGUACAUGCGGCGCCGAAGGUCUAUGAGGAAUGCUACAA